AUGGCAACGAAUGGAACUCUUCCCCACGGAACCGAGGCGGCGCUGGUCGUCUGGGUCAACUCUUUCCCCCUCACCAAUCAUGUGAAUUCGCUAAGCGAGAUGAAUGAUGGACAGGCUCUUUGGGAGAUGCUCCGCGAAAUACAUGCGGAGGCAUUUACAGGAGAAUUGCCAAGUAAGAAACAAUCCGCCUAUGCACGGCAGCAGAAUUUGCAGCACGUAUACAGGAAGAUAGCGUCACACCUAGACGAACAUGACGCAACUUUCACUAUCUUUACCGACGAUGAGUUGAGGGAUAUGGCUGUCGAUGAGUCAAGCACUUCUAUUGCCAAAUUCCUGCAGCUAGUCCUCCAGGUGGUCAUCACUCCUCCAAAUGAAGCCAUCUUCCAAAAACUCCGAAUUUUGCCAGACCCCACUCCGCAAGUCAUUCUGAGACUUUGGCAAGAGACGAUGGACCAAGCUGAGGAUGAAGAAGUGGACGAAAAUAGCGACAUGGGUUCCGGCCGAAGAAGUUCGAACAGCGGCUCUAAUCUCUCAUCAGCUCGGGUUAUUGAUCGGGAAUUGCGGCUCGAGCAACAUCUCGCCGAGCUCAAAUCACAGCUGGAUCGCUGCGAAGCUGAGGUCAAGGACUUGAAGGAAGCAAAGGAACAAACAGAUGAUGCAUACAAUCGGCUUUCAGAGAGUUACGACGCUAUUCGGAAGGAAAAUACCGAGAUCGAUAAGCAGCUGAAGAAGUUCACCGCAACGCACAACGAGAGGGAGCAGCGGUCAGUGAAGGAAUUGGAGACCAAGAUCUCACAACAAGAAGAAGUCAUUGGUCGCCAAGAAACCCAGAUCAAUGAAUCUCGAUCAAAAGAGGCAGAGAUGCAACGAAAGAUAAAGAAGCUUGAUGCGGCCGACGACAGAUUACAAAAUCUUCAAGAUGACUUCGACGUGCAGAAAGUGGAAUUGGAGCAUCAGACAAGGAAAGCAAAUGCGGGUGAAAAGUACAAACAGAAGGUCCAAGCCAGUCAAAAUCUUGAGAAAGAGCGCGACUCUCUGCGCAAAGAGCUCAAUGAAGCUCGUUCUAGGCUUGAAGAGGCUGGGGAUCUCCGCAGGGGCAAUGUGAAGCUUCAACAAGAGAAUCGCGAAAUCAGCCAGACGCUCUCUCGGAGUGAGAGGGACAAUACUGAACUAAGGGAGACAAAACAGGCAUAUCUUGGCGAAAUAAAUAGGCUCCAUCACGACUCGAAGUCGCUGCGGGACGCUCUGGCGCAGUCGCAAGACAGGAUAACAGACUUGGAGGAGAGAUUUGGAGGCCCGGAACGCCAUUCGUCAGUGGAUCAUACGCUCGAUUCCGAACUCGCCGAAGCCUUGAACCACGAACAGCAAAUGCAAGUUGCCAGUACUGUUCUACUGUGGACACGAGUACUGAUGAGUAGCAGGAAAAUCCGGAUUACCGAGCUCGAAAAGCUGGUCCGGCAGUUGAAGAGUGAUGCGAGUGACAGAGAUACUAAGCUCGCCAUGCUUCAAGGGCAGCUUGACAGUGCCCGAGAAGACUCAGCCGACCAAUACAAACAAGGUUUCGAAGUUCGCCAAGAGAUGUCUGUCCUCCAGUCUUCUCUCACAGAAGUCAGGCAGGGCCAUUCGAUCGAGGGCACGGAGACAUUCAAAAGGAUGCGCGAACAAAUCAAGGCUCAGCAGAAGCAGUGCGCCCAUCUCGAAGAAAAGCUGUCAGCAGCACAAAAGGUCCUCGAGGCAGCAGAGAGUGAUCGAGAACUCAUGGACAAACCGAAACUUCAAGUUAUCGAAGAGGUAAGGAUGCAAAACUCGCUAGCAAUGACGCAACUCCAGAGCGAGCAUGAUGCUUUACGAAAUCGACACAAUCGACUACAUGAUAUGUUCGUUGACCUAACGGAGGAGCGCAAUGCCGCCUGGCACGACUCUCAUGAAGCUGUCAUGGCGAAGGCUGAAAGUGACAUGAAGGCCGACGCCGACAGCCAAACCCUCCAAGAAUCGACCGACCUCCUGCGGCAGGCUGGGACACUCGGUUCAAUUGACGAAAGUAAGGGCAUCAAAAUAUACGCAAGCAAGAUCGAGGAAAGCAGAGAACGGCUGGCAAAGGCCCAGAAGCACAUCGAAAAACAAGAUGCCCUUGUCAAAGACCUUGAGGCCCGUCUCGAGCAGACCAACGCCUCAGCGCAAAACAACGUGGAAGACGCCAAUAAACUACCAGCAACGAAGGUCAGUCAUCGGGUAUUCAUCACGAGCUUCUCCAUAUUCAGUCCUCUUCUCGUCGGCGGAAUAUCACACUUUACUGAUCAUAGUACCCCCUCUCAGAAUGUUCCCACGUCCGCUGAACGCUCAUAUACGCAAAACCUCGAGCGUGAGAUCAAGCUCAUUGCGUCCGCGUAUCACGAUCUCGCAGGCCGGUUGCAGAUGAACAACGUCAUCUUGCAACGGAGAACAGAAGCUCCGAAGAGCUGGCUGGGUAGGCAGAGGAAGGCGAUGGAGGGGGUUGGGGGUCUUGUACGGUAG